ACUUUAUACUAGAAGUGAGGCUAAAAACUUUGGCAUUGACAUGAAAAAAAAAGGAGGUAGGUACCCAGAUCAAAGCCUGGGUGGGUAACUGCGUAUGUGCUCAACAGCACCUAAUACUAACUGAACAUCGCAUGAUUCUAAAUCACUUUCUAGACUUGUGAUUUGUGAACCGAAUUUGUUUUGUUGAAACCCCAUAUAAGUACUCAUCCUUGCAGAAACGAAAACUAAGGGAGUGUUUAUACAACACCUGAGUGUUUCAGAGGCUUCCGAUAAUUUUGUAGCCUUCUAAUUUGAUAUGCGCAGUUCUGAUUUCAUCUAACUUUGUGUAAACAAAAAACAAGUGUGUUUAGAUACCCAAAUACCUACCUUUCUGCUCGAAACUUAGCUCCUUGUAAAAAAACAUAUGACUUGAUUUCAUGCUCAAAUUAUAUUACUUUUUGGAUGAAAUGUCAUUUCUAAACGACUACAUGCUUAAAUUGUAACAGUAUGAAAACUAUUUAUGUUUCCUGGUCAGAUUUGGCUAUCGGAAUGGACCUUUACAAUACACUUGCGAUUACUCUGUAGCAGUACUUUUGGCUGCUGAAUUUUGGCCCUAGUCUUAACAAAAAGCUGGGUCUGCCACUGCUGUAGAACUUGAUAAUUUCACUUACUCGAUAAUUCACUUACAUCAAUUUGUGAAAUCACCGGGAUUGUGAAAUUUUGGAUUUGGAUCUCAUGUGUCAAGUCAUAUGAGCAGGUGCUGUGCAGGAAUCCAUGGGUUAGGGACUGGCAACCUCAUGUCGGCCCUUGCCCAGCACCUUCUCUAAUUUAAGCUAUGUAUGCCAAAGUUCUGUAAUUUAUUUGGUAUCCAUUCGAGGCUUCAAAUUUAAGCUGUGUAUGCCAAAGUUCUCUGAUUUGUUUGGUAUACCAUUCAAGGCUUCAAAUUUGAAAUUGAAGUAGCUAGAAAAUUAUGUAUUGACCUGAGGUGUGUCAUCACACCAGCUAGGAGCAAUGUGGUCAAUGUACUGUACUAAAGAUAAUUUUGAUGCUAGUAUGCAACUCACAAUGUUACUUUCGUACAAGCACAUACUAUCUCAGGUUUACAGAAUUAUGUACCUUCUAUCAUAGAAGAAGGAUAGCUAGAAUUGAGACUAUGAAGAAGUGAAGAUUGUGUAUUUGUCCCCAUGAUGGAUCCCAACAUGAAGCAGCUUCAAGAGACUCUGGUUGACAUUGAGACUGAUGCAGAGCAAGUUCUUCUGGCAAGGCAUCAGUUGGUGGAAAAUGACAAGGUGAGAAAUGGCAACAGGGAGGCCCUGACAGCCCUCCGUAAACAAGCCAGGACAACCAAAACCAGUGUGCCAUCUCCCUUUGAGGUCAUAAUGAAAGAAAUGGAAGGAAGCUCUGGCAAGCAGCUGAUAAAGGAGAUAUGCCCUACUUGUGGAGAUCAUGACCCCAAAGAACAUACCUGGCUAAUGUUUCCUGGAUCAGAUAUUUUUGCCCGUGUUCCAUUUCAUGUGGCGCAUACUGUUUUGGAAAAAGACCAAGAGCGCCUGGAUAUUGAUACCAAGAAACUGCAAAGCUUUGUCAAAGAGAAAGCACUUGUGAUUGCUGAGAAAGGCGCCCUUGCGGGCAGAUUCGGCGCUGACACUGUGAAAUCCUUGGUCAACCUAACAGACACACGUAAGUCGACACGGGAAGGAGGAGAGUCUGUGCAGGGCCCUGACGUGAAGUAUCAGUUGGGUUGAAUCGUGGACUGUUUGACCACAGUGUUCUUUCUUGGAUAUUUCCUGUAUAGAUGUUCACUUUCAUGUCAAACAAAAUUUGGCAUGGCUGUUGCCUGUUAGCACUUGCAGAAAGUUGUUCUGAAUUGAUGAGUCGGCUGUUGUCCUGCAACGGAUCGCUCUUUCUGAAUCCUGCUUUGCUGUGACAUUGUGGAACAAUCAGUGUGUAGUUCAAAAGACAGGUGGCCAGGCCUCAGUGUCUUUCUGCCCUGUCAAAUAGCAGAACCAACUGAGGUUACACCUUUGA